GCGAGUCUCGUGUGUUUACGUGGAGAAACAUGGCGGCGACGGUGACAGCACAGCCCGAGUAAAACACCGGAGAAAUCCCUAAUAUCUUCCGCGUGAACCGAAGCGGACGCACAUGCCCGGCGCUCGGCGCUUCUCUGACACGCGUCUGUCCGUCUUUAAGCCGCAGGGACCGCGGAGAUGAUGGAAGACGAGGAGCGACAGAGGAAACUACAGGCCGGCAAAGCCAAGCUGGCCGAGUACCGGCAGAGGAAAGCUCAGUCCGAUGGCCAGAAGAAGCAGAAGAAGAAGAAGAAGCAGCCCGAGGCGGAGGAGCAGGGCGAGGAGCAGAGAGGAGAUCAGAACACGGUGUUUUCUCUCUCAAAGACCCUCCGGAGCGGAGAAAGCGUCACGCACGACCAGACCUACACCAUAGAGCCCGAGAGUGAAGUCUCGACGACCGCUGAAGACUGUUCGUCCGAGGUAAACGGUUUCCACGAGAGGACGUCCUCUGUGAUGGCGGAGGAAGACCUGCAGCCGUCCGAAGCGCUCGGCGAGCCUCAGAGCCGUAUCCAGAUCAUGGAGGACGAGCUGGCCGCUAAGAACAUGGCCGUGGAGGAGCUGAGCCGCGAGCUGGAGGAGAUCAGGGCCGCGUUCGGAGCUGAAGGAGUUCAGCAGCUGCAGGACUUUGAGGAAGCGCUCAAACAAAGGGACGAAAUCAUCACGCAGCUCACCGCUAAUCUCCAGCAGGCGCGCACCGAGAAAGAGGAGGUGAUGAGAGAGUUCCUGGAGCUGACCGAGCAGAGCCAGAAACUUCAGAUCCAGUUCCAGCAGCUGCAGGCCGGCGAGAUCCUGAGGAGCUCCAACAUCAGCUCCACCGCCGCCGACCUGCUCCAGGCCCGUCAGCAGAUCACGCUCUACCAGCAACAGCUGGACGACAGGGACGCGCAGGUCAGAGGUCGCCAGGAGAAGACGCAGGAGCAGCUUCUGUUGAUCGCGCAGCUUCAGGAGAAGCUGAGCGAAGCCGAGAGGGUACGCACACAAACUGAAGAAUCGUUUUCUCAGCGUUUACGAGAAAAGGACUUACUGAACACCGAACAUCAGAGUCUGACAGCACAGCUUCAGGAUCAGCUUCUGACAUCCAAACAGCAAGCGGCGGAAAUCAACAAACAUCUGUCCGCGAAAACCCAAGAGCUAGACCACUGCGAAAAAGAGCUCUCCGCCUCCCGACAGAAAGAGCGCAUGUCGUCCGGAGAAAUCCUGCAGCUCAUGAAAACCGUGGAGGACCUCCAGCGGCGCUGCCAUCAGGGAGGCCAGUCGGAGAGCGAGGCGCUGCGGAGAGUCGAAGACGACUGGAGCCGACGGAUGGAGCAGCUGCGAGCCGAACUGGACGAGAUGUACGGCCAGCAGAUCGUGCAGAUGAAGCAGGAGCUUCGCACGCAACACGCGGCAGAGGUGGAGCGUAUCCGAGCGCAGCACGGCUCGGAGACCGAGAAGAUCGUCCAGCAGCAUCAGUCAGAGCUGGAAAGGUUUAAAGGCCAGCUGUUCCAGAGCGCCGGAGGCGUUAACGUGCUCAACGUCAAGGUCAUCGAGCUCCAGCAGAAGCUGCAAGAGACGCAAGUAUUGCGCGAAAAGGCGGAGCAGGAGCUAACACAGACGAGCACAGAAAAACUCGGCCUGGCGCAGGAGGUGGAGCGUUUGCGCGACCAGCUGAAAAAAACAGAAAUCCACAGCCCAGAGAAAAUGCAGCACGCUAUUAGCGAGCUACAGGCGCAGCUCGAUUUGGCGCGUGAAGCCAACGGCGAACUAGAAGCUAAGCACGAAUCGGAAAUCACCAACUAUAAGAUCAAACUGGAGAUGCUGGAGCGCGAAAAAGACGCGGUGCUGGACCGCAUGGCCGAAUCGCAGGAGUCGGAGCUGGAGCGCCUUCGAACGCAACUCUUGUUUAGCCACGAGGAGGAGCUCUCACGACUUCGCGACGACCUUCAACGGGAAAGCCAGCUCAACGUGGAGAACUUGCGCGAUGAGAUGGGCGUGAGGCAUCGCGAGGCUUUGCGCGAUUUCGAGGACAAGCUGCGAUCGGUGGAGAGCGAAAGAGCGACGUUUGCUUCGGAGAGGCUCGCGCUGCUUGAGGAGAUUGUUGCGUUGAAAAACGAAGCAGGUCGCGCAACGGAAAGCGAGGAGCUGGUCGCGCAACUGAAAGAGCUGCAGGCGGAAGUCGAAUGCUUGAGAGCGGAACACGAAGAAAAAACUCCAACCGAGCGAGACAACCUUCUGCAGGAAAUCGACCGGCUUUCCUCGGAAAACGAAGAACUGGGCGUGCGACUGAAAGAUCUGCAGGACGAGAUCGAGAAGCAGAGAAACACGUUCUCCUUCGCCGAGAAGAACUUCGAGGUGAACUACCAGGAGCUGAAGGACGAGUACACGUGUCUGGUGAACGCUAAGCUAGAGCUGGAGGAGCGCUUGAUACGAGACGCAGCCGAGUACCAGACGAAGCUCGGAGAUCUUCAGACGAGACGCGAGGAGGUGGAUGGGAAGACGCCGGUGGAGAAGGACGCCGCCGAGCUGAUGGAGAAGCUGGAGACGGCUGAGAACGAGAAGAAGAGCUUGACCGAGAGGCUCUCGCUCAGGGAAGAGGAUGUGAAACGUCUCGAAGAAGAGCUCAAGAGGACGCUGAUUGAGAAAGACGCUUCUGAGCUGAUGGAGAAGCUGGAGACGGCUGAGAACGAGAACAGAAAGUUGGUGGAGAGGCUCUCGUUGAUGGAAACUGACGCAGAGCAACUCAAAGAUGAGCUCAAGAAGAUAGAGGUCGAAAAAGACACUACAGAACUGAUGGAAAAACUGGACAUAUCUGAGAACGAGAACAGAAACCUGGUAGAGAGGCUCUCAUUGAUGGAAAUUGAGGUAAAACGUCUUGAAGAAGAGCUCAAGAAGACACCGAUUGAAAAAGACUCUACAGAACUGAUGGGAAAACUGGAGAUGGCUGAGAACGAGAAGAAAAGCUUGAUAGAGCAGCUCUCGCUGAUGCAAGCAGACGUGAUACGCCUUGAAGAAGAGCUGAAGAUGACGCUGAUUGAGAAAGACUCUUCUGAGCUGAUGGAGAAGCUGGAGACGGCUGAGAACGAGAAGAAGAGCUUGACAGAGCGUCUCUCAUUGAUGGAAACGGACAUGAAGCAUCUUGAAGAAGAGCUCAAGAAGACGGCAAACGAAAAAGACACUACAGCACUGAUGGAAAAACUGGAAAUGGCUGAGAAUGAGAAUAGAAACCUGGUGGAAAGGCUCUUGUUGACGGAAACUGACCUGAAACUACUCCAAGAAGAGCUCAAGACGACUCCGAUUGAAAAAGACUCUUCUGAACUGAUGGAGAAGCUGAAGAUGGCCGAGAUCGAGAACAGAAAGUUAGUGGACAGGCUCUCGUUGAUGGAAACUGACGCUGAACAUCUUGAAGAUGAGCUCAAGAAGACAGAGGUUGAAAAAGACACUACAGAACUGAUGGAAAAACUGGAAAUGGCAGAGAAUAAAAAUAGAAACCUGGUGGAGAGCCUCUCACUGAUUCAAAUUGAGGUGAAACGUCUUGAAGAAGAGCUCAAGAAGACUCCGAUUGAGAAAGACGCUUCUGAGCUGAUGGAGAAGCUGGAGACGGCCGAGAACGAGAAGAAGAGCUUGACAGAGCGUCUCUCAUUGAUGGAAACAGACAUGAAGCGUCUCGAAGAAGAGCUCAAGAAGACGGCAACCGAAAAAGACACUACAGCACUGAUGGAAAAACUGGAGAUGGCUGAGAACAAGAAUGGAAAGCUGGCGGAGAGGCUCUCGUUGAUGGAAACUGAUGUAAAGCGCCUUGAAGAAGAGCUGAAGGAUGCGCUGAUAGGAAAAGACUCUUCUGAGCUGGGAUGUGGUGGGCUGAGCUCUGAAGAGAAGCAUCACGCUCACAUCUCGUCUUCACGGGAGGCUCUCGGCUCGUCCCCCUCCUCUCCGGCGGCAGAGAGAGCGCGCGCACACACACUCACACACACGGCAGCGCGCGAGGAGCAGCUCUCAGCGUCUGACCGUCUCCCGUCGCAGGUGGAGACGGGAGACGCUCAGGCCGAUGGAGACGCGGUCCAAACCCUUCUCAUGAUGCAGCCGCCGGAAAUGGAGGGCUCUGAGCAUGAGGAGUGUCGUCUGCGGCUGGAGGCUCAGCGCAUCAGUCUGUCUCAGAUCCACGCCGCUCAGCUGGAGCUGCUCCGAGAGAGUCUGUCUGCGCAGACGCAGACGCAGGAGAUGAGCGGAGCCAGCGGUCAGCCCACAGGGAUGGAGGAGAUGGAGCGCCUGAAGAACUUCUAUCAGCAGCAGAUGGAGGAGACUCAGGAGCGCUUCACGGCCGAGAUCCUGCUGCUUCAGAGACGAGUCCAGGAGCUGAGCGCAGCCGGAGACGUCUUCAGCAUGCCGAGCGUCUGUCCUCCGCUGAUGACGAGCGUCGAGCGCCGUGAACAUCUUCAGGAUGAGGAUGAGGAUGAGGAGGAGAGACUGAGAGCCUCGUCUCCGGAGGAAGCCCAGCUCAGAGACCGACAGGAGGAGAUCGCUAAGGUGAUCGUGCAGAUGUCGGUGGAGUUUGCGCAGCAGACCGAACAGGCCCGGAUCAGCAGAGAAGCCCGUGAGACCAGCACCGGCGUCCAGACGGACCGCAGCGAGGAUGAGGAGCGCCCGCCGAUGAAGUCUCCUGAACACCGACCGCAGGAGGAGGAAGAGUUCAGAGGAGAGCGAGAAGUCACUUCAGAGACGCUCAGUGGUGAUGAUGAAGAGGAGGAACACGUGGAGAUCCCAGCCGAUGAUGAUGAUGGUGAUGGAGAGGAGGCCUUGAGCUCCGAGGCUCUCAGAUCGUCACACACUCUUCAGCUGGAGGCGUAUCAGGAGCAGAACACACUCCUGACGGCUCAGAUACACACACUCAGCCAGCAGCUCCUGCAGACUGAGCUGGAGCUUCAGCAGAUGAAGGAGAGAGAAGAUGAGAUGGAGAGACGGAGAGAUGAACAGCUGUUUCCCAGCAUGCACAGCAGCAGCACACAGACAGAGCAGACGACAGAGGAAGAGGAGGAGGAAGGUCGGGGAAGAGCCGUGACUUCAGACCCAGAGCUCUCGUCUGAUGUCAUCACCGCAGAGAGGGAUGAUCUGCGUCAGAUGAACUCUCGUCUGCGUCUGGUGCUGAUGGAGGUCCUGAAGACGACGGCGGCGGCGGAGGAGACCAUCGGCCGUCAUGUGGAGGGCAUCCUGGAGGCGUCCAGUAAGACUGACGUGUCCUCGGAGACUUUCUUCAGCGCAGAAACCGGAGCUGAUGACGGCAGCCUGUUUUCAGCCGGCGCCGGCGAAGGGCGGGAGCUGGCGGUCCAGGGGGCGGAGCCGCUGCCGGAGGGGGAGGAGCUUCUGAUGAGCCUCAGCACACGCCUGCAGAGCGCCGUGGAGAAGCUGCUCAUCGCCAUCACCGAGACCGGCUCUCAGCUGGAGCAUGCUCGGAUCACGCAGACGGAGCUGAUGAGGGAGAAGUUCAGACACAACGAGGAGAUGGAGGAGCUCCUGCGCAGACAAGAAGAGCUGCAGGAGCGUCUCGGAGAAGAGGAGAGAGCUCGGGAACAACUGGCCCUGGAGCUGCACAGAGCUGAAGGUGUGAUCGACGGGUACACCGGUGAGCGUCUGGCUCUGGAGCAGCAGGUCCGAGAGCGCACCGAGCUGCAGCUGACCCUGGAGCAGGAGCUGUGUGUGACCGCUAGCCGUCUCCGGGAGCUGGAGCUGGAGCGCCAGCAGAUCCAGAACGAGCGGCAGCUUCUGUCACGCCAGCAGGACGCCAUGAGAGAGGGGGCGGGGCCUCGAGAGCUGCGACUAGUUGAGGCUGCUCUUGACGCAGCACCUGAAGCAGACCUGCUGGAGGAGACGGAGAAGCUGAUGGCGGAGAAGGUGGAGGUUCAGCGGCAGGCCGAGAAGGAGAGCGGUGAGCUGCUGCAGCAGGUGAAGCAGCUGGAGGCGGAGCUGGAGGAGCAGGUGAGCCGUCUGCAGGAGCUGCAGGAGACCCACGGCACCGAGACGGCCGACCUCCGCCAGCAGAUACAGGCCUUGGAGAAACAGAUGGAGAAGAACCGCAAGUUCAUGGACGAGCAGGCGGCGGACAGGGAACACGAGAGAGACGUCUUUCAGCAGGAGAUUCACAACCUGGAGCAGCAGCUGAAGAAUCCCGCCAAAACCCAGACAGGAAGUGAUCGGCGGGACAGAGAGGUGCAGGAGCUGAGCGCGGCGCUGCAGGAGAAGGCAGACUGGUGCAGUGAGCUGCUGCUGAGCUCGGAGCAGCUGCAGAGAGAUGUGUGUGAGAGAGACGAGGAGAUCGAGACGCUGGGAGCACGCCUGAGAGAGCUGGAGCACACGCUCAUGCACCAGGUCGAGGAGGUCCAGCAUGUGUCGAUGGCGGGCAGAGCAGACGUCACACUGGAAGCACAGCUGCAGACAGAGAGAGAGGCUCUGGACAGGAAGGAGAAAGAGAUCGUGAAUCUGGAGGAGCAGCUGGAGCAGUUCCGUGAGGAGCUGGAGAACAAGAGUGAGGAGGUGAAUCAGCUCCACAUGCAGCUGGAGAUCCAGAGGAAGGAGAUCAGCAGUCACCAGCAGGAUCUUCAGGCCCAGGCCCAGCUCGCUCAGGUGUUGGAGGAGAAGGACAGGCAGAUAGCCGUCCUUCACGAACAGCUCGCUAAGCGUCAGCGCACGGGGACAGAGCCUGAGAACGAGGCGGCGCAGCUGAAGGACGAGCUCGUGGCCGAGCUGCAGGCGCAGGUGGAGUGUCUGCGGAGCGAGCAGCAGCGUCUGAAGAGGGACGGCGAGGAGGAGGUGGAGCAGCUCGGCUCCGUCAUCGAGAAGCUGCAGCACGAGCUCACCCUCAUCGAGCGCACGCAGGGUCCCGACGAGUACGACGAGAUGAGGCAGAGGAUGGAGGAGGCGCUGAGGGACAAGACCGCCUCGCUCGUCGUGCUGCAGGCCCAGGUCCAGGCGCUGGAGGAGAGCGCCGGGUCAAAGGUCACGAGCCUGAGUCGGCGGGUGGAGGAGCUGGAGACCAGCGUGGAGGAGAAGGACUCGGAGCUGAGAGCGUGCAGGCUGAAGGUGGAGCGAGCGCAAACGGACGCCGGCGCUCUGUACGAGAAAGUGUCUCAGCUGGAGGAGAAACUCAGGGAGAAGGUGGCCGCCGUUCUGGUCAGUCAAGCACAACUGGAAGCCAUCCAGACCCAAACCAAAGAGCUCCGCGCUGAGGCCCGCGCAGGAGAAGCCAUAGGCCCCAGCGCGCAGCUGCGGUCGGAGGGCCUCACGGCGCAGGACGGCACCUCCACCGGGGGGACCGGUCUGCUGGCGGAGAAGCUGAAGGAGCUGGAGGAGGGUCUGAGCGGGAUGCAGAAGGACCAGGAGCUUCAGAAGCAGCUGUUGAGCAGCUCUGAGGAGGAGGUGAUGGAGUAUGAGAGGAGGUUAGCUGUGAUGAUCGACCUCCUGAACCAGAUGAGGACCAGACCGAGCAGAUCAUGGCUGCCGGCCGCCGAGGGGUCAGGGGAGGGCGGUCAGGCGCUGUCGGAGCUGCUGCCGGAGGUCAGAGGUCAAGCGGCGUCCACGGAAGAGGAGCUGAGCCGCACGCUUCAGGAAGAGAUCCGGGUGUCGCCGAGCUCGCGUGAAGAGGACGCCGCCGAGACGACGCGACUGCUGGCGGAGCUGCAGGAGGUCAGAGGUCACGCGAGCGGCACGCUGCAGGAGCUGGAGAGCUGCAGGGGUCAAAGGGUCAGGCUGGAGGAGCUGCUGCAGGAGCGGGAGAUGAGCAUCGCUCUGCUGAAGGACCAGCUUCACAGGGCGUCGCAGGAGGACGACCGCUCCACCACGGAGCUGCUGCAGGAGCUGCAGGAGGUCAAAGGUGAAGCGGCCGUCUCCAGAGAAGAGCUGAGGAGCCUCCGAGAGCGCGGCCUCAAACUGCAGGAGGAGAUCCAGGUCAGAGACGCGUCCAUCGCUGAGCUGAAGGAUAAAGUUCGGGAGCUCCAGACCGCUUUGACCAGAUCCAGCGAGGAGGAGGAGGAGGAGGAGGAGGAGGCGAGACGGAGAGGAGACGCCGGAGAGCAUCACGGGCCGGACCGGAGCACGGAGCUGCAGGAGAUGAUGGCGGAGUACGAGGAGAAGAUCGCUCAGAUGCAGGAGCUGCAUGCGGCCGAGAUCCUGGACAUGGAGGCCAGACACAUCUCUGAGAGCGAGAGCCUGAGGAGAGAGACCCAGCAGCUGGAGGACGAGUGUGUGGCGCUGAGAGACGCCGUACACACACUCCGGACCGCACAGGUCACUGAGGCAGCGUCCGUGAGAUCUGAGCGUCCAGCCGUCUCUCCGUUCAAAGAUGGAUACACCAGUGACAGCGGGUCAGACUGGAGUCAGCGAGUGGCGUCUGAUGCUCCUCACCUGCAGCAGGAGAACCGCAGCACACCUGAAGGAGCCCGGCGGGACCCGGAGCCGGACGUCCUGCCCGACAGGAUCAAGAGCUUGCUGCGGGAGGUCCAUCAGGAGGGCAUGCAGGUGCUGUCUCUGUCCGAGCUGCCUCUGACCGAAGGAGCUCCUCAGAGCUGGAGCAGAGAGAGAGACGCCUUCAUCAACACCCUCGAGUCCCUCACACUCCUCAUCAGCAGACUGCAGACACACACACAGGUGGAUGGAGACUGGCGAGCGGAGCUGCUCUCUGGUGUCCAGCGGGUGUUUGUUCAGGAGCGAGACGCACUCAAGAACAUCUUAUACUCUCACCUGGAGCGUCUGGACACGGCUGACGCCGUCAUUCAUCUCAACCAGCUGGAGAGAGCGCUAGCCGAGCAGGACGCGAGGCAGCGGGAGCUGAUGGGAGCUCUGUUCUCCGCUGACAGACACAGUCUCCUCUCAGAGAUCCAGCAGCUCAGAGAUCAGCUCCAGGAGCUCACAGCCGGAACAGAGAGAGAGAGACCGGAGGAGAUGAAGACCGAACUCAAACAGACUAAACUAGAGCUAGAGUGUGCUCUGCAGACACAGCACAAACACCUGAAGGAGCUCGACGCACUCCGCACGGAGGUGUCUCUGAAGGCUGCUGAGGUGGACUCACUGAACGACAGACUGUCUCAGGAGCAGAAGAAAGCCAGAGAGCUGCAGUGGGCCUUCGAGAAGGAGAGAUGCCGGUCGGACAGGAAGCAGGAGGCCGAGAGAGAGGAAGUGGAGGAUCUGAAGCUGUCUCUGGAGGAGCUCUCGAGCGCUCUGGAGAAAGAGAGGCAGACUUCAGCUCGACUCAGAGACGUCAGCGACUCCUCAGAGCUACAGGUGCAGCUGGAGGCUCAGAGAGCUCGCUCCGAGGAGCUCAGCGGCGCUCUGGAGAAACAGAAGGAGCUCAACACACAGCUGCUGAAGCGCUGGCAGACACACACACAGCCCGAGACGCCACACACACUCCUGCAGGCCGAGGCCACCUGCAGCCAAGUGGAGGCCGGGGUUCUCUCGGUGGAGUCUCUGCUGCAGACGCUGCAGGCGCAGCUGGACGAGAAGCAGGCGCAGGUGGUGCAGCUGAUGGAGCAGCUGGAGACACGCAAGCUGGAGGCGCUGCAGAACAAGCGUCAGUGGGACGAGGAGAGAUCCGUCCUCGCUCAGGACCAGAGCGUUCUGCGGGCCACGAGGGACGGCCUGCAGAGACGGGCGAGCGAGCUGCAGACGGAGCUGGAGAGAGAGAGAGACGGCGUCAGGAGGCUGGAGAGAGACCGAGACGGACUCCAGGAGGCACUGAGACGGCUGGAGGACAACCACCAGAGCGCCCGCUCAGAGGACCGCACCCGCGACUGGGUGCUGCAGACCGGAGACGUGUCCCUGCGCCAAGGUCAGAGGUCAGAUCCUAAACACAUGGAGAGCAUCCUCAGCAGACUGCAGCUCAUCGCCGCUAAGAUCAACAGCCUGACCGGCGAGGGUCCAGACAGGGUAUCUGUGGAAGCGCCGGACCGGGACAGUCUAGCAUGGCUGCACAGUAAUGUACAGGAUGUGAUGUCACUGUUACAGCAUAUCCCAUCAGCCCCCUCUGCUCUCCCGGAGAGCGCUGCUCUACUGACAGGAGGAUCUUCCAGUCUGCUGAAUGAGCGUUUACUGAGACAAAACGCAGAGCUCACGGGAUUCGUUAGCCGACUGACGGAAGAGAAGAACGAUCUGAGAAACCAGUUACUGAAGCUGGAGGACGAGCUGCGUAGAUACAGACAAAAGAAAACCACCUCUGAGAGCAGCUGGAUCCGGUCCGGCCCGGAGCGUCAGGAGCUGCUGCUGUUUUCUAGCGAGCGUGACUCGUGGGCUCAGGAGAGGAAUCGUUUGGAGAAGUCUGUCCGUCAGGCCGAGGCAGAACUGACCCGUCUGAGAGCGGAGAUCCGCUCCGAAACACUGCGGGACCUGACCGGAGCCGAUCUGGACAACACUGCGCUCAGGAGGAUGUAUGGGAAAUACUUGCGUGCAGAGAGCUUCCGGAAGGCUCUGAUCUAUCAGAAGAAGUAUCUUCUGCUGCUGCUGGGAGGAUUUCAGGAGUGUGAGGAGGCCACGCUGUCUCUGAUCGCCCGCAUGGGCGGCUUCCCCACACACACCUGUCUGGAGUCUGUGAGCCGCCAGCGCCGCGGUCUGACACGCUUUAGAUCAGCUGCUCGGGUCGCCAUCGCACUGUCCAGGAUGAGGUUUCUGGUGAAGAGAUGGCAGAGAGCAGCCGGAGGAAGUGUGACGUCUCCCACCCUCAACAGAAACGGCCUCGCUCAGAUCACAGGUUCUGAUGUGAGGAACGAGUCGUCGUAUCUUCACCCUGGAGCUGUGGAGGUGUUCAGAGAGAGACGAGCGGCCAGCCGCGGACGCACCGGACGAGACUCUCCACGCUCCGCUGCUUCACUGCAGCACAGGUACACAGACACACACACACACACAGUUACUCACCUGCAGAACUACGACCCUGACCGCGCUCUCACAGACUACAUCUCUCGUCUGGAGGCUCUGCAGAGACGUCUGGGCAGUGUUCAGUCAGGUUCCUCUUCGUACGCUCAACUGCACUUUGGAGUCAGAAGAUGAAGGUCUUCGUUGAAACAUGGCUUGAAGAAACUCCGUUGCCUUCUCUCGUGCUGAGCUGCUGACCAUCAACGUGUGUGACUCUGUGGGACCAAAACCACGCUCGGUUCUUGUUUUUGUUCUGUGUUCGUGUGAAUCCUCUUAUAAUCCAGCUUUCGUUGGCGGCGCUCGAAACGGCUUCAACGUCUGUACAUUAGUUCUACCUUAUUUGUUGUUCAAGGAAAGCAAUCAUGUGACUGUAUAUUUGUGGAAUGCUAAUUUAAGUUGAUUAAUUUAAGAGGUGUUGAGAGAGUUUGGACCUGGACGCUGCUAUCGGACCCCGAGCGGCUCGCUGUUAUCACACACUCUACACUGUGUUUUAUUCGCUCGCUCCCACGGAAAGACCACAGGACAUUUGUAGAAGACAUAUUUUUGUAAAGGUAGGAGCUUCGGAUUUUAUGGGUAUUUUGUCAAAACUGAAAUAAAAAUUAAUAUAAUAUUUGAAAA